GCAGCGCUCCGUCAGUGUGCCAGCAGACCGCGCAGAGCGCAGAGCGCAGCGCCACGCUGAUCGUCUGUCUGUCUCACAGAGAGGAUCUCCACACCUUUACUGGAUUUGAAUGACAGCAAGAGUGGAUAAACUGAACGAAAAAGGGUCCAUACAGGUGAGCUGAGGACAAGGACGUGAUCUGCUUCUCCGCUAUCUGUCCAUCAACGACCCAAGUGCCUUGGUGCCGGCCACCCUCAGGUCAACUAAACCACGACGGAAGCCAAACAAUAAAACUAUUGACCUGGUGUCCCUUAGAAAGCCUGCACAAAGCAAAUAUUUGAAGGAAUUAUAUCUGAUUUCUCCAGGCAGCUGAAAAGAUCAACAGUGAAGGGUGUCGUUGGGAGACGGAAAGAGAGAAGAAAAAGUGGGGGUGGAAGAAGUAACCCUUACAAAGUGCACCCUGCCUGCUAUUUCUGCUGUGCUGUGGGCAGGGAGCAUCUCAUUUGGGAGUGCUCUUGGCUGGCAAAAAAAGGACUUCCCUGUUCCCUGGCUGCCUAUCCAAAUGCCUAUGUAAAUACUGGAUAGAGAUAUCAAUUUGUCUGGGAUCUAACACUGCCCAACAAAGAGACUGUACGCUAUCUAUAGAAAACGUUGCAACAAACUUGGACUCUGUGGUCUCCUGAAUUACUACUUAUCUAUUACCCCUCAAAAAAGAUUUCAAAACUGUGAGAACAGGAAUGAAUGCUGUCACGGUUCUCUACACUUAGAACCGGUUCCAAACACUCUGCAGUUUUGAUGUCUUUCCCACAUUGGUGAAUUAACAUGAAGCCUCUAACACCAAUCGGAUCCCCGUCUCCUCUGAGGCUCCUCAACAAGGGUCCAGACUACCUGCGCAGACAGAUCGAUGGUGGAGGCCAGGGCCGCUCUGUCAGUGCUGUGGAGAGGCUCGAGGCUGACAAAGCCAAAUAUGUUAAGACCCAGCAGGUGAUCAACACCAAGCAAGAGCCUGUGCUUGUCCCGUGUGCCACUCCACCACCACAGCCUCGGCGAGCUAUUGCCAUCCCAGGUAGCCUAACACCUCACCUUCCCCCACGGCGUUCAUCCAACACACCCUUCUCUACACUCUCUGGCUCCUUAACUUCCAGAGAUGAAAACGAGAACGAUGACUCCAGAAAGGAGAAUAGACGUACUUCUGUCGAUGUUGAGGCUCAUAAUAGGAGUAAUGUGAACAAUGUGAUGCCUCCCAGCCCCAGAGGACCUGGAAUUAACACCCUGGUAGCACCGCACAGUGCUCCUGUACUCAGAAGAAGUACAGGCAAACGCAUGCUGAGGCCAGAUUCCCUUGUCAUCUACAGGCAGAAGAAAGAAUGCAAAAGUCCCAGCGGUGCUGCAUUGGGAGAAAACAACAACAUGGAGGUGAAGGGUUACAGUUUUGUCCGCCGCCUCUUCCAAGGCUCCAUGAGAGAGAAGAGCAUCAGAGGUGAGGGCAGAAUCCAGAAGAUGGUAAUUGGUGAGGAGAAAGCUUCGUCGCGGGAUGGUGAGUCACGUAUGUCUUGGACCAAUGAUAAAGACGUUACAGAUGGGGGACCAGCGAGCAGGAGGUCAAGUAAAACUGACCAAGAUCGCAGCCCAGAGUCUAUCCCCAGCCCUGGGUUAAGCUGCACACUUGAACAGACUAAGAAUGGGCUUACAAAUGGCACCAGUGACGGAGUUACCGCUGGUGUCACCAAUGGCAACCAUGAUGAUGAAAAUGACCCGUGGAAGCGGGCGUCACCACCAGCACCCAGAAGGCAGGUUGGGCAGUUGCAUCGCUCCAAGUCUGAAAUGCGUCUGCGCUGCUCAGUAGCAUUAUCGGAGCAGGAGCAUUUCUUUGACUUCUGUGGGCUGGACAUGGACAUGAUAGAGCGUCUGGGACGAGAGAACUUCCUCUCUGGUGCCAGCUCUAUAGACACUCUUUCAUUGGCGCUCCGCAGUGUGGGCGGGGAUGGUUGUGGUGGCUCGGAGCCCAGUGAGUUCUCCCGCCAUUCAGGAGAUGGACUGUUUCAGGAGGAACUGGCUGAGCAGCUUCCCACCGGUGUGUCCAUCAUUGAGAGGAACGCUCGUGUCAUCAAGUGGCUAUAUGGGUGUAAGAAUGCUGCACGUGAAGGACCCAAAGAGUCGACUGUUUAAUAUGGGGGCAAGGGUCUGCCUGCCAUGAAAUUCUAAGAGUCUGCAGAGUUUGUUGAUUUCUUUUCCAUUAAAUAAUGAUAAAGACGAUUAGUACACUCAGAAACAACAUUCAGGUGCAUUGCUGUAAUGCAACGCAGAAGAGAAAAAUAGAACUCAGUUCUAUUUUUGAGCCUCACGCAGCAGUGAAGUCAAAGAGCUGAGCUUCAUUAGACAAGGCUGCCUUCAAAAUGUGAUUUUACUUUUAAAUUUCAAAUGAGUGUCAAAGACAGUGAACUAAGGAUUUGUUUAAGUCGCUAAUGUCUGCAUGAAGGAUUAGCAUUCCAUGGCACACAAUUACCUUUAGUCCCCUGACUCCAAAGAGACCGCUUCUUCCAAUGAGAGACCUGCUCAUAGUUACAUAUUGUCAGAUUGAUAUAUUGUAUUUAUAGAUCCUAUGGAGGCAUCAUGUGAGUAUAGACUGACCUUACUGGAAAAUGGAGCUGUUUCUCCCAGCAGCGUGUUCUGGUAUUUGUGCGAGUGUGUGAGGAGUGGACAUGCUGUCCUCUCCAUUUGUAGCUUCUUUUCAGCUUUUGACAGAACAGUCAGAACUGAUUUGAAAUCAGCCCUCUGUGACCCUUCAAAAGGCACAUAAGUGUAUGUUUGUCUGACACAAUGGACACAGUUUAGUGUUCUUGACACCAACACUCUCCCUUAAUGACUAAUUUGAAAUGGAAAACCACUAAGCUACGUUUUUUAGAAACUGGAAAACUGUUGUGUGAGUGUGAAGUGAACCAUGAGUACCUCAUUCGAAUCUGUCCCAGUUUAGUUUGUGUGUUGCUUUUUUUGAAACUACUUAAACGCAGGCGUUGGAACAAACAUGUGAGGCACCCCUGUGGGGUUAUUAAUGCACUGAACUGGACACAGAGAGGAAAUGAAAGAUAGAAAUAUAGCAUCGACUCUUUCCAGAGAUUCAUCUCAUACGAUGUUAAACACUGAGCUGGAUUCAAAGAAGUAUCUGCAUCCUGAAAAUCAAGGGGUCAUGCCUGGCCAGUAAUUUUCAUUUGGUCAUUUCAUUUUUCAAAGAGAGUCAAUGCUCAGUAAUAACUUGUGGCACAGUCAUUGAUUGCCACAGUCAGUAUUUCAUGCCUGGUCAGGGGUCAGUGCUGUGUGAUCUUAUGAGCUGCGACAAUAAAUAACAGAAGCUUUUAAUAGUCAAUCCUGUGAGAGCAAAACUGGACUUUGACCAGCAAGUAUGUACAAAUAGAGAAUUUUAAUCCCAGUAGAGCAAGUUCAAACCUGUAGAAAAUGUCAUAUAAUAAUAUAUUCACCGCUAAAAGUAAAGGAGCUCAUGUUGUCAAAUCCGUACUGCCAAAUGUUUUUCUCACUUUCACCAUCUGGCAAUUUACAGAUGUGUAAUCACCCCUCCCAGCUCAGUCAGCCCGUCUCCCGUCAAAACAAGCAGGGAGGUUGAAGCUGCCCUCCUCUCCUGUCUCUGAUAACCACAGAUCCUACCUCACUUCAUCCAUUCUUCAGUGAUACUCACUUUAUCUCUGUGAAAGGUCACUUCCAUUGCUUGUCUUGCGAGGAUGCCACUGAAAUGUGAACUGGGGGUCUACGGAGGUAUGUGGAGGUGAGACUGAGAGGCCUUGUAGCUUGAGUAUUACUGAACUCAAGGGCACGUUAUGUUUGUACAUGUGAUAAAUUAACACAAUUACUUGCAACCUUGGUGUUUUUUUCUGUAUUUAUCAUGAGCAUGAACACUCCUGAAACUUCCUUCCACCUGGAACUUUUUUUUAAUAUCUGUUAAAAACUGUUUGGUUGCAUGUUUACAAAGUGGCCCCGUAACUUCUGAUCCUCCUUUUUUAUUUGAUAUAUGUGAGAGAUUUAGUUUUUAUUCCAAAGAGUUUUGUGUAUGAUGCACAGCGCAAAUAAACAAAAAUAAGGAAAUGUC